AGGACAUCUUUAUCUUAUUCACGCCAUUUGCUUUUGUUCCAGUUUACUCCCAUCUCGGUUUUUCUAUGUUGUCCCCUAUGAUUAUUCCACCUGGGCGUGGGCUCGCGCUUUCCACCUAGGAUCCCACUCAGAUUCAGAUUAGACUCUUCGCUUACAAUAUUGCGGUCGUAUCUAUCGUGCUCUGUAAGUUCCUCUUUCUUCGUCUCGUCCAAGGCGUGACAUUGACUGUAGUUCUUAAGCAGAACAAGAACUAUAUCGAUUUGGAUAAGAUGGCGCGUGCUGCUCAGGAUCUUGCGAAAUUUCAUGUGCCGGCAGGUCAGGAUGCGGUGUAUGUCAUUCGGCGCAUGGAUGAUUACCCGGCUUGCCACGAAAAGAUUCUGGUGCCUAUGGACUGGCGCGCGAACAAGAAUGCGUACAACGGUGCAAUGUUUCGUCGGGACGUGCAAAGGGCGGUUAUGGAAUACGACAAACUCGAUUACCUCCCCUUGCAGUGCGUUAAGAUCGUUUUUCGUCCGCACAAUGAGGCGAAGGACGCCUACAGCGUGCUCUACACGGCAUUGGGACAGGUAAACCUUGUGACCGAGUCGCCUAGCUUCAUGGCAGAAAGUGGAGGCGGGUCGACGGCGGCUGGUGGUGCUGGUAAGACCAAGUCGCAGAAGAGCAGCAUCGAAAACGCCAUUUGGGCGUUAGAUGGCACAACAACCGUAGACGCAGUGGUGAAUGGCUCUCUGAGAAUGGCUAUCCAAAGACAAAAUGAGGACGAUGACGACAGCCGCGCCAAAGAGGAUCGAGCAAAGGAAGAAAAAAGCAAGGCCGCUGCGGCAAACCCGAACAAAUUUCUCGAAAUCCCGACCGGAAUACUCUUAAGACACUUGGCGCCGUAAUUUAUCGUGAGAACAAGCAUCUUUGACCCCGUCUCCAAAAAGGGCGAAACAUGUCAAAAAUGACCUUUAAGAUGAAUUUGAAUUUGCGCAAGGUCUAAUACAUUCCGCAGGCCCUAUGUACGACUCUCACUGCGUCAUGUCCGACAACUGGCAGCUUCGAGACUAUUUCAACGAUUUCGAGGAUUUUGAGGACCACAAAACGGACAACCUGAUUGAAAUCGAGACUUUCGUGAAACCAGAGGUACGUAGUUUUUGAUAUUUAUAUUAUCUCUUUAGUUUUAGCGAUCAUACGAACAACACGAACACCGAAUUUCGGCAAUAUACUACUAAAUCAUCUUUGACUAAGCUCGAUUUUCGAUGUAGUCGUGAAGAUAAAGAUAUGACAUCAAUUAGUUAGUAGUUCUUUCACUUCGUCAUGCAUCGGCAAGAACGAGUAGUACGCGUGACGAUCACCAGACUUUGUUCUCGGCUACUAAACAGAAAAAAGAAGAACACACCGUGGCGCAUGUUGUAAGGAUCAGAUCUAAAUGAAAUAUCUAUAUCAGGGCGAUCAUUCGGGUAGUGGUGGCCGCGUACUGACAUUCAACGAGAUGCUGGAAAACCAGAAUGGCAUUUACACGCAAGAGGAGUGGGAGACUGCGAUAUACAUGAUUCCGGUAUUGUGCAUAUACAUAUUCUAGAUAUAUCCAGCCAUUUUUGCGGCGAUAUCGAUUUUCUUGAUAUAGCUUCUACUAAAGCGAUGUAGUAGAUUAGAUAGGAUUAGGAAAACAAAAGAGACAAGAAAAGAAAAACAACCCAAGCACCUUAGUAGAUCCCCUCUGCUUCAGCGCUUAAUAGCGUCUCCUUGGCUGUGCCGGUCGUGUUGGCUGCUCUCUGGGGCAAUAGUCUCCGCGGUCGGUUGGUGGAUGGGAAGCUGGAUGGUCGGAAGUGAUUCCGAAACGGCUCCACCAGUCAGAUGAUAUUCUGGCAUGGGGUAGAUAUUGUUCGGAGCACAUAAAGAAGGAGGUCUUUGAUGUUCUGCAACCCGCUACGCGCUAUGAUUAUGAAUUCACUUGCAUGAUCUCGAUCUCGACGGAAGUUUAGAAAUUCGGGCCGUUCUACUUCUUAUUGGCCACAGGUUAAGCAAUGCCCUCGAAUUUUGGAUGGUAAGACACGAACGGAGGAUGAGUUGAUGACACCCGGUGAACUACACCGAAGGCGCGUGAAGGAGGAACAGAUUCAAAAGGCCAAGGAAAUGCAAGAGGCGACCGCAAAAGAAGCAGAGAAAAAGGCCCGCGAAGCUCGCGGCCUUCCACCUUUGCCGGAGAAAGAAGAAGAUAGUGACGAAGAGGACGCACGCCGGCAGAAGAACAAAGAUAGCAUCGAGUUUCCCCGUGGUCUCAGGGAAAUCGGCCAUGUUAAGUACCCGACACACUUGAGCAAGUUCUACGACACCCCUUUGCUGCGUUGCCUCGACAAGUUGGAUCGCCUGAUUGCCCAGACGCAGAGCCCCUAUGUCACGGACGGCAAAACCAUCAAGAAGACGCGCUCAUUAAAGAAUUGCGUGCUUGCAUUGCUCUCUUUCAACCGCAAGUUCACCAACAUCAAUGCGCUCUCGGAAGCAGACGGCUACUCAGCGGCGCACAAAGUGCUGUUGAAGUUCUUACUGCGCGGGCGCGACGACGCCGAAGACAGCAUGGCGGAAAUUUUCUCUGCACUCGUUCAGCAUCCCUACAUAAACUUGGAAACGCGCGAGCUAGAGUACGGAAAAACCGUCAUGGAUUUUGCGUUAGACAUCUAUUGGGGACAAAUUAGCGCAAAUUCCGACUUCCAAGCAAAACCCGGUGGCGGAUUCCCAGAAGAAACAAGGGUAUUUGAUACAACUUCUGUUAUCUUCUGUUUCAACGACGAUGAAAAAACGGCUUUGACUUUCGUGAUUUUCUUCCAACGGAUUUUAAAGAUUAUGAUCUAUUAUGGUAGGUUCAGUCGUUGGAAUUAUCAGUGUCAAAAAAGAUAAUCAGACUUUGUCUCAGUCCGCGAAAUUAGACUACGCAUGAUGAGAACACUUCUGUUGUCGGAAUUCCCUCGCUUUGCUGCAAUCCGAGUAUUUCUGACCGCUGCAUUCGGAAUAAAAGACGACAUAACUUUUGUCAUAGUUACUCUGACUCGGCAACGAACUCUCAAUGGCAGUGACUUCCUUACACAAGAUGAUCACGACGUCUAUUCAAACAACAUGAUUUCUAUUUUCCAGGAGGAUCUGCAUACGCAAGAGCAUAUUGCGUGCUCGUCUUAAGUUUUUUUUUACGAGCUAUUCUCGUUGAGCUGGCUUCAAAACGAAACUCUGACUCGGAAGAAAAACUAAAUAUUUUAUUCUCAACAAUUUUAUUUCAGUUCCUGCGCGAGAUCCAGCGGACAAAGGUGAUUGGACCAGAGCGCAAAUAUCUGCGACACACCAUAAUGCAUGAGCUGUUUGAGCCUUUCUGGAUUCGAGACUCGAAGAUGCGACCAGUAAAACCAAAGCCUUACUUGAAAUGCUUCCGUAACCGCCGAAACGAGAAGGAUUUUCGUACCCGACGUGAUGCGAUCGACGUCGAUGAAGAGAUGGAGUUCCGAGUUCGAGAGGCCCGCUUGUUGAAGAACUACAAGUUUGUCGAUGCUUUGGGCGUUUCGUUGAGUUGGGACGUGCUGGACGUGCACAAUGCACGCGCGCGAGACCAAGACACGCGCUUCGACGGACUGCAGAUGAUCGACUUCAUUAAGAACUCGACAUUUCGACGCAUCCGCAGGAAGCAGGUGAUUUUGCGCGCGUUUCAUUCCUUUUUGGCCCGCAGCAUUGCGAUAGACAUCCAGAAAAGCUGGGGCAUUCUGCUGCAUGAUUUGUACCAUGAGACGGGCGUGGAUGUGCACAUGCUGAUGACCUACCCUGACGUUUUGGACGGCAACAACGUGACGAUACACAAGCUUCUCCGCGUUGGAACUGUGUACGACAAGACGAUUGCGCUCACAGGUGAGUGUGCUGUGGAAAUGAUGUACGACCUCAAACUGGCCGCCCCGACGCGCACCAAGGACGAGCGACUGGAGGAGGAGAGGAAGAAAAAGAGCCGGCAGAAACAGUUAAAGCUGAGGUACGGCGACGAAUCGAACAUCCCCCCGUCGGAGCUGGAAGAGAAAAAGGAAGUAGUGCCAUUUUUCCAGUCUUACGUCGACGCGUCUCAAUCCUUCGUCCUAGAGUUUCAGCAGAACCGAUUGCAGCCCAUCGUUGACUGGAGCUACAACGUAAUUGCCAACCGUAUGGUCUCUGGGGAUCGAAGCAGCGUCUUUUUGGCUCUCGUGGUCGCGUAUGUUCGUUCCCCGCUGUACCGAGAAGUGUUUUCGUCCAAAGUCGGCAGACGCUGGCUUAUCUCCUUCUUUGUGCGCUACCGCAUGUUCGCCGACUGGGACGCGCCGAAUACCGAUGGCCAAACAGUACUUGGCCUAGCUGCGGCUUCGGACCGCGAAUUUCACGUCCUCAUGCAGUCCGUGCAAGCGAAAUGCUUCCAGAUGCAGGACGCAAAAAAGUAACAUGAGAUGGAGCAACAGUAAGGGAUCAAAAUAGAAAUACUUACAUCCGUGAUUAGCCAAGAUAGUGACUCCUUCUAGUUGUACUGAAGAUAAUUAGUGAUCAUAUAAUGAAAGAUAUUGUCGCUGUGGCGACCGCGACACACGACGUCAGAAAAAAACACUCAUUGGAAAUGAUCAUGAAUUGGCAUUAGCAAAUGAGUCUUCUUUUGCAAAGGUAGUUGUAGAGAUUCUGAUCAUAAGAAAUAGCUCUUGCACAUAAAGACGUAAGUAAUUGACGAUACAACUUCAGCAACAACUUCCAUAUUAAGUAGAUAUAAAAGAUCGUUCUUCCGAUAUUUUUCUUAAUAGCAUCCAUUUCAUAGUGAAAUUCAACGCAUAUCAGCUUAAGCACAGUAGACUAAUGUCUUCGAUACAUGUCGAUAUCGUUGGUUCUUUUAGACGCAUAUUUUUAUAGGAAUAAUACAUUCAAGUAUACGUUGUAUAGGAGGAUCCUUCUCACGGUUGCCAUGGAAUCGCUCCGGUAACCAAUAAGUCCUUUCAAAUUUCUUUUCUGUGAUAAUUAGAGACCACAUGUCCAGCAACUUGUGCAUAUUAUCAGGCGUGGCGAUAGCAUGUUAAGGAAUCCAUUCAAACUAGCAACAGUAAGCUAAAGCUACACAUGAUUUCUCCUGUAUAGGUAGAUACUUUGAUACUUCUGUUGAGACGUCUAGUUCCGCUUACACUCCAUAACCACGUAUGAAGGAUUUCAAGCCUUAAAAGGGAAGCUAUAAUCACGACAAUUGAAAUCUGCGCUCGAACAAACUUUUCGCGAAAUGAAGCCACCGUCAACGAUUGGGAAGCAGCG